CAGACAACCUGAUUGGGCGGCGGUCGCACCGCUUGUCGCUAUGCUUGUCCCGUUCGUCGUUUGCGGUGUCUUUUCCGUAUUUUUUGCCCAGGCAUUCUAUUUACCUGGAUUAGCUCCCACAAACUAUUGCCCCGGAAAUUCUCCAUCUAAAAAUUGCAAGGUAUCGUUCUUUUGAAUCGCGGUUUUACGCUCUAGAGUGAAAUUCCACUCCUGGUGAACAAAUUGACGUCAAAGAAAUCGUUCAUCUCCUAUGGAUAUGACAAAUUUGAUUUUUGUGAGACGCGCAACAAAGAAUCACCCGUUGAAAACUUGGGUCAAGUCGUCUUUGGAGAACGGCUGUUACCGUCGGAUUACAAGCUUUAUCCCAUGAGAGCAAUGACAUGUGAGAAACUUUGCACCAGACAGUACAAGGCUUCAACAGAACCAGCAUAUGAUUUCUUACGCAACGCCAUCAUUCUCCAAUAUUCACAUCACUGGGUUGUCGAUAAUUUGCCGGUCACCGUUUGCCUGACGAGCGAAGAUCAAAAACGGUAUUGUUCUGCAUCUAUCCCCCUUGGAUGUUUUGGCGAGACACGUGAUUUAUCGAACAGCUUGUGUGGAGCUUUUACCCGGUCUAAAAACGAAGUCUACUUACUGAACCACGCGAAACUGAAGAUCUAUUAUCAUCCGGUACAAGAUUCUUGGAGCUGGCCCGAUUCCAUUCGUAUCGUUGGCGUUGUUGUGGAACCACAAAGCAUCGCCCACCCAAAAGACGCAGCAGAUUGUGCUUUGACGACACCUUUGGUGCUGCCGGUCCAUUUGGAUUCUGAACUCUCUAUUACCUACUCUUACAGUGUGACCUAUGAGGCGAGCAACAUUAAGUGGGCCUCCAGGUGGGAUUACAUUUUGGAAUCGAUGCCCCAAAGUAACAUCCAAUGGCUGUCGAUACUCAACUCGGUGGUGCUAGUUCUAUUUCUCUCCGGGUUGGUGGCCACCAUACUGUUGCGUACUCUUCGACGGGACAUUGCUCGGUACAGUCAGCUUGAAAACUCGUCCGAGGUUCAGGAGGAAUCCGGCUGGAAACUAGUUCACGGUGACGUGUUUCGGCCACCAUCUUGGGGCAUGUUGCUAUCUGUCUUCCUGGGCUCCGGUAGUCAACUAUUACUGAUGGUCGUGGUCACCCUAUUUUUCGCCUGUUUGGGUUUCCUGAGUCCAGCAAAUCGAGGAGCUUUGAUGACCUGUGCUUUGGCGAUGUAUGCGUGCUCGGGCACAAUAGCCGGAUACGUUGCAGCGAGGAUGUACAAGUUCUUGGGAGGUCUUCGAUGGAAAACCAAUGUGUUGCUCACUGCGACUGUUUGUCCUGCGGUCGUGUUCACAAUCGUCUUCAUACUAAACCUGGCCUUGUGGAUCUUACGCAGCGCCAAUGCAUUGCCCUUUGGCACCAUCGUGGCGUUGCUCGCUUUAUGGUUUGGAGUUAGCCUACCACUGUGUUUCAUUGGCGCAUUCUUCGGAUUUAAGAAAUCUGCCAUCGAAGUCCCCGUGCGCACAAACCAGAUCCCUCGUCAGAUUCCUUUCCUCACUGCUUAUGGUCGUCCGACGGUCACAUUCUUCCUCGGUGGAUUGUUACCCUUCAGUUGUAUUUUUAUACAACUGUUUUUCAUAUUUAACAGCAUCUGGGGCACACAGUUCUACUUCAUGUUCGGACUUCUAUUCCUGGUGUUUCUGAUGUUGGUGAUCACGUGCUCAGAGACUGCCAUACUUCUGUGCUAUUUCCAACUGUGUUCUGAAGAUUAUCGUUGGUGGUGGAAAGCCUUUCACUGUGGGGCUGGAACUUCCUUCUACCUAUUUAUCUACUCUCUGCACUAUUUCAUAUCACGUCUGGAGUUCCGAGACGCCAUUUCUGGGUUCCUUUACUUCGGCUAUAUUUCAAUCAUCGUGUGGCUCAGCUUCUUGUUGACAGGGAGCAUUGGAUUUUUUGCGUGCUUGUGGUUCAUACGAAGAAUCUAUGCUGUUGUUAAAGUCGACUGAUUGUUUUUUUAAUUCCCAUUCUAUUUCACUGCGCUUUGUGUGUGCGUGUGGCUCCCGUUGAUGCAUCAUUUGGGCGUUUGCGCGUUUUCUUUUUUGAAUUCCACACUGUUUCCCUGUCACUUUGAUCACCGAUAUCUUCUUCCAUUUGGCGCUAACACGUUUCAUGUUUGUAUUCCCGUUGGUUUCUCUUGCUAUGCUCGAACACACUAUUGAGUGAGUAAUAACUGUGAUAUCGUCACGACCCCAUCAGCCAGCAGUUCACAUUAUCGCGUUUCUGCCAUUACAUUCAUUUCACUUAUAGAUUGUUCCACAUUGAUACACGUUUUUCAGACAUCUGAUGAACUAGUUCCCAUCGGUAAGAUGUCGGGAUCGACUACUAAAGAUAGAAUGAAUCUU